UUCCAUCAUCACACCACGCGGAUGGGUUACUUCCUGAACUAAUACGCGACAAAAACCAAUUGACAUAUUUUUUUAAAUCCAUAAACGCGUUUUAUGAUUUGAAUUUCGAACGCUUUUUGCUGUGCCUGUUAUUGGUUGGAUUGACAUUUGCCGUGAAAUGUUUUGAUUUACCGCCGUUUUUAUAAUGGAGAUCAGGUACAAAUACAUUCUUGCCGUAACAACGCUGCUUUCAAGUUGCGUCAGUAACGAAAAAAUAAAUGCAGACACUGAUCACUCUAAGGAAAAAGACAGAUCUAAUUGUCCAUUCUCAAAAAUAGUUGAAGACAUCUUCAAUAUACACAACAAAAGUUCUGAGAAUAAAGUUUAUGCAGAAGAUAAAGAAAGAGCAAAAUUAUUUCUCCAUUCCAUAGCCAAUGUUACUAGUUUAAAUGAAAGCAGAACUCAAGAAGAACUAGUAAAUAGCAUAAUAGCUUCUAUAAAUCGAAUAAAAAAUGAUAUAAAAGAAGUAAGUAAAAAUGAAACCAAACUAAAUGAAGCCAUUAUAAUUAAUCCUCCAAAUGAUCAGAAUCUGGGUAAAGAUCUUUUGAAUAAUGGACCUAAAAUUGUGAGCGGUGUCGAAGAAAGAGUAGACACGGUAAAAGAACAUACUAUAGCCAAGAAGACACAUACAAAAUUUGAACAAAAAACAACAACUGAAACAACGGUAACAGAAAAGAUAAAAUAUAUGGAAGUGCUUACAAUAGAACCAAACAAUACUCAUGUAAUGAAUACGUCGUCAAACAAUAUAAUAGAAGUUCUGAAACAUCUUAUGCCCAUGUUCAACAAUUCAUUAAUGACUUACUGUGAUAAAGAAAACUUAACAAAACCAAACUUUGCUAAUAUAGAGAAUGAUGAGAUACCACAGUAUGAUGAAUACGAAGACGAUGAAGAUAUCGGUGAUGACAAUGAUUCAAUGAAUAUGACUAUUGGAGAAAAAAAAGAUAUUAUGGAGGCAGCUGAAUAUGGCAUGAGGAAAAUGCACGAACUUUACAGCGUUCUGGAACCCAAGCUGUACUCUAUGGGCUUGUGGCUGGACGAUACAAACCCAGCCCGGUACGUGGCAGCUUUCAACGCGCCUUCUGAGGACGCAGCCAAAUUUUCCCGGUACGGCUACGCAACUCUACAAGCUGCUACCAGAUUAAGACAACUUACAAGGUAA